GCUAUUUCGCCUUCCCUCUGAGUCUCCAGCUUCACUAACGAAAGCGCGCUGGAAUGAGAAUCUCGACGCGGAAAAACCCAAACCGAAAAUCCUCAGCGAGUCAGCCACAGAAUCUCGGUGCUGUGCGCAAUUUAGCGUCGUCGCUUACAUUAUAUGAAACAUAGAAGCGUGGAGAAGGCUAUGUAUUAGAACCCAUGCGCGAAUCAGGGCCAUUACCGACCGGAAACUGGCGCCUGCACCGGUGCUGAUCAUCCAAAGGAUCAAUCGCGGAUCAAUUCAUUUGGAAGCGGGGUUUGAAGAGCAUGACCUAGGCUCCAGAAAGGCCGUAGAUAAGGGCUCAAUGGUUCUGCUGUGGAUUUCAUAGAGGCCUUUUCUCCCUCCAAAUCCCCUUAUUUUUUAACCACCCAGCAUAGGGGCAUCGCUCCCUACAGGAUCAUGUCUGCAGCACAGACACAGAAUGACAACGAGCAGCGCUGGAGCUGCCUGGAGUCUCUGGGUCUAAGUCCCAGAGAGCUGGUACUGGCUGAGGCUUUGCAGAUGGAGUAUGAUGCACUCUCUCGACUUAAACAGGACAAAGAUCCCAGUGGUAGUGGGGAGUCUGAGAGAGGCAAGACCAUGCCAUCCAGAAAUACACAAUCUAGACGUAUCCCCAGCCCACCUGGGACAAACUUGCGCCAAGGGCUAUCAGGGUCUGAUCCAAUUCUCAACCUCAUCCAGCCUGGAGUUUCCAGCCCAUCGAGAUCGAAUGUAGAUCCGCAUGGCUAUAGCAAGGAGCCCCUCUAUAUCCUGGAGAAUCCUGGAAAGAACGAUUAUGAGUGGAUGACUGAAGGGCCUUCAAAGGGGUUGCCACCCCCGGAUGAACCUCCUCCAGCGAUUCCACCAAGGAAUCCAAUACCUCAACCAGACUCGUUCCACCUCUGCAGGGGUUCAGCUCCCAGAGAUGUGAACCUGUUCAGCCCUGAGGUGGAUCAACCCAAGCUUCCCUCUGGAGAAACUAUGAACUAUGACAACUUGAACGACUCCCUUAUGAGGCUCAGUAGUGGUAGGCAGUCACCUAGGCAACAAAAAGUUAAUUCCAACCAAUCUGGGAAGCCUGUGGCUCGCAGCAAGACGCUACCCCCUCAGGUGCCACCUCGCACUUACUUGCCUGUGCAAAAGGGUGUCAGAAACAACCGCAGGGUGUCAGUUGAUCCGGUGUCGCUUCGUUCCAGACUCAAUGGUUUUGGCUAUGAGCUCUUCCAGGUUUCUGAGGAGCGUGAUGAGGAGGUGGCUGCCUUCUGUCAUAUGCUCGACGUGUUGCGCUCGGCUUACCCAUGCACAGACCGCUCUAAGAACGCGGGGUUUGUGUGGAGCCUAUGUGUGGCACAGGAGGAGCUGCAGCAGGGGCUCGGGGUCAGCAUAAAGGUCACAGUCAUUGGCGAGCACAUCCGAGAGCCACUCAUCUUCACCUGUGAUGGUUCAUCCACCAUUGAGCUGCUGAUAUACCAGACCUUGUGCUAUGCCCAUGACGACCUGGACCUAAUCGAUGUGGACGACUACCUGAUGAAAGUGUGUGGCCAAGCCGAAUAUCUCAACAACUCUCAGACCUUGGCUGGGCUUGAAUACAUCCAGCAGUGUCUGAAGUUUGAUUGGGACAUCAAGCUUUUCCUCACUAAGAGAAGCUCUGUUAAUAUGGAGUUAGCCCGCACUGUAGAGGAUGAUGAGAUGCUGUCUUCCCUGAACCACAGCAUCUUGCUGCAGGAGAGGCCCAUCAAGCAGACUGUGACAAGGGAGGCACUAACAUUGCUUCUGGACACCUUUCAUAAUGAGGCAGAGUCUUUCGUAUUAUCAGAGGCCGAACUGCAGUUGCACGUGGAGCGCUUGGUUCAGUCCGUCAAGGCUCUGUGCAGCUCGCUUGCUGCUGUGGAAACACCCGACAUCACCUCAGCCCUGAAUCAGCUGCCUGCUUGCCCUUGCAGACUGCAGCCCAGAGUGCAGAAGGAUGUGAGCGUGCUGGCGAAGAGAGAAAACCGAGAGAAAAUAGUUGAAAGGUUGACAGCUGCCAUCUUGGAUCUAGUGGAGCUCUACUGCAGCACAUUCAACGCCAACUUCCACACGGCUCCACACAGCAGCCGGGCCACAGCACCAAUCCAGGAGGCAGGCAUGGUGACCAACGUAUUGUCCUUCAACAUUUAUGCUGCCCACCGUGUCCCCAUCACCUGGGCCGCCAGUUAUGAAGGGUUCUUUCUGUCGUGUUCUCUCACCCAUGGGGGAGACGAACUGUGUGCCCCUCAACAUACAAGCAAACAGUCAGUCAGCAAAUACCUCUUCCAUCUGGUGGUUUGGGACCAAAGGAUAUGCUUCCCGGUGCAGAUCAACCAGCUGCCACGAGAGUCUCAGCUGACAGUGACUCUGCAUGCGACUCCGCUACCACCCCCUGGAGGAGCAGAGGACAAGAGCAAGCAGAAGGCCCGCAACAUGGAGGCACUGGGCUGGGUCACAAUGCCGCUCUUCAACUUCAGACACAUUUUGACGUGUGGCAGGAAGCUGUUGGGUCUUUGGCCGUCAACCCCAGGAAGUGGAAACACACGGUCCAGCACUCCCAACUUCAGCCAGCCGGACAGUGUCAUCCUGCAGGUGGACUUCCCAACGUCUUCGUUCGAGGUGCGUUUUAGCACCCCUCCCCCGGCCGAGUUCAGUCCUCGGUACGAGUUCUCCCGACUGGAGCAGGGCAGCCAGAGGCAGCUCCAAGACAUCCUGAGCAAGAAGUCUCUCUUCUGGUUGACGCCGGAGCACAAGCGUCUGCUGUGGGAAAAGCGUUACUUCUGCCACGCUGAGAGUAGCCGCUUGCCCCUGAUCCUCGCCAGUGCCCCCAGCUGGGAGUGGGCCUGUCUGCCUGAUAUCUACGCCCUCCUGCGCCAGUGGAUAUGUACCAACCACCUGGAUGCACUGGGCCUGCUGCAUGCCACGUUUCCAGAUCAGGAGUGUAGGCGCACAGCUGUCCAGUGGAUGGACUCCAUCUCUGACCCUGAGCUCCUGGACUUUCUCCCACAGCUGGUGCAGGCGCUGAAGUAUGAGUGCUACCUGGACAGUCCUCUGGUGCGCUUCCUGUUGCGCAGAGCCAUUGGAGACGUGCGUGUCGCUCACUGCCUUUUCUGGUUGCUGAAAGACACUCUGCAGGACUCACAGUUCAGUGUACGCUAUCAGCACCUGCUGGCCGCGUUGCUCUGCUGCUCAGGCCGAGGCCUCCGUGAAGAGUUUGACCGCCAGUGCUGGCUCAUCAGCAUCCUGGCUAAAGUCGCACAGCGUGUCCGAGACGCCUCGCCAUCAUCGAGACAGGCUCUUCUGAGAGAGGGACUAGAUGAGGUCAAGCAGUUCUUCUCUAUAAGCAGCAGCUGCCGCCUUCCCCUUAACCCUGGCUUGCUAGUUAAGGGCAUUAACAUACAGUCCUGCUCCUAUUUCAACUCCAACGCCGUGCCACUCAAGCUCUCGUUCCAGAACAUGGACCCGCUUGGAGACAACAUCAACGUCAUCUUUAAGUCAGGAGAUGACCUGCGGCAGGACAUGCUCACCCUCCAGAUCAUCCGCAUCAUGAACAAAAUCUGGAUCCAGGAGGGCUUGGACAUGAGGAUGGUCAUCUUCCGCUGCUUCUCCACCGGCCGGAGCCGAGGCAUGGUGGAGAUGAUCCCGAAUGCCGAGACCUUGAGGAAGAUCCAAGUAGAGCACGGGGUCACCGGAUCCUUCAAAGACCGCCCGCUGGCUGACUGGCUGCAGAAACACAACCCCACUGAAGAUGAGUAUGAGAAAGCAGUAGAGAACUUCAUCUACUCCUGUGCAGGCUGCUGUGUGGCAACCUACAUCCUGGGCAUCUGCGACCGCCACAAUGACAACAUCAUGCUUAAGAGCAGCGGCCACAUGUUCCACAUUGACUUCGGCAAAUUCCUGGGCCAUGCGCAGAUGUUUGGCAACAUCAAACGGGACCGGGCUCCUUUCGUUUUUACGUCUGACAUGGCUUACGUGAUUAACGGGGGUGACAAGCCUUCGAGUCGCUUUCAUGACUUUGUGGACUUGUGUUGUGAGGCGUACAACCUCAUCAGGAAACACGCACAUCUGUUCCUCAACCUGCUGGGCUUGAUGGUGUCCUGUGGCAUUCCUGAGCUGUCGGAUCUAGAGGAUUUAAAGUAUGUUUAUGACACUCUGAGACCACAUGAGUCUGAAGCAGAUGCCACCAUGUACUUCACCAGGUUGAUAGAGUCCAGCCUGGGCAGCGUGGCCACAAAACUCAACUUCUUCAUCCACAACCUUGCCCAGAUGAAGUUUGCCUCAUCCGAGGAGCGACCCGUUUUGUCCUUUGCACCACGAGUCUACACACUGAAAAGUGACGGCCUCAUACGCAGCCUGUUUGUGUGCCGCCACGUUAAAACCUACAGCCCCAACAAGGGUUAUUCCUAUGUGGUGAAAGUGGAGCGAGAGGGCCAGCAGGGGGCGACAUUGGUCCAGAGGAGCUUUGAGGAGUUCCACGAGUUACAUAGCAAACUGCGCCUCAUCUUCCCUUCUUUUAAACUACCCAGCUUCCCUAGCCGUUUUGUGAUUGGCCGCUCUCGUGGAGAAGCCAUGGCUGACCGGAGGAAAGACGAGCUGAACGCAUAUGUGUGGCAUCUGAUCCACUCGGCUGCCGAGGUUGCUCAGAGUGACCUGGUCUACACCUUCUUCCACCCGUUACCAAGAGACGAGCGGCCAGUCGGAACGGCUGUAAACACACUGGGAAACAAACCAACAGAGGGUUCUUGGACUCCUGUGCCUGGUAAAGUGGCUGGUGAAGUGAAAUUGUCCAUUUCCUAUAAGAGCAACAAACUUUUCAUCAUGGUUAUACACAUACGAGGCUUGCAACCCUUGCAGGACAGCACCGAUCCUGAUCCGUACGUCAAACUGUACCUGCUCCCUGAUCCGCAGAAAACAAGCAAGAGGAAGACGAAGGCAGCUCGCCGCACAUGCAACCCCACGUAUAACGAAAUGCUGGUGUAUGAUGGGAUACCAGAUGGGGACCUGAGCCAGAGGUCAAUCCAUCUUCGAGUGCUAGGCGACGGGGCGUUCUGGGAAAACACACUGCUGGGCGAGGCCAUCAUCCCCUUAAAGAAUCUAACACCUGGACAGCAUUGGGUGGACUGGCACCAGCUGAGCACGGGCAGCUCCGAUGCCAGCCGCUAACAGAAACAUGCAGUUGCAAAGACCGACAUUACGUGAUGAACUGAUAGCUGCAUUCUGAUCGACUGGUGUAAUUUGGUGCGUCCCUUUAAAGGGAACUGACUCAGAAGAUGAAGCCUGUUGAGGACCAUGUAGGUGUGUCUGUCUUUGCAUUAGCAUCUGUGAGUUGCUGCGUAGAAGGAUGUAUUUUCCCCACAGUGGGGAUGUUUAUUGCUGAUUCUCCCGCCCUGGAGACCUGGAGACUCUGUGAUGGAGAGCUAUCACUAAAUGUGCUAGUUGUGUUGGGGUUGUUUUUUUGUUUUUUUUGCCCUCUACAUGGACUAUAGUUGAGAUAAGAAACACUGACUCUCUUGGAUGCCGGAUGUGUUCCAGAAGGAUCUGAAAACUUUGUCCAUUGUACAGCCUCACAGUUUCCUGUUAAGCGAGAGGAAGUGAAAUGUUAACUUAUUUCUUUUUAAGAUGUUCUUUUAUUUUGGCUCGAUUUUGAGCUAGCUUUUGUUGUGACAUUUAUGUCUCUGAUUUAGAUUAUUACAGAUUUUACCUAUCAAGUAAAAAGGGAGUUAAAGGGAGUGUUGUAAAACGAUUAGAUUCACGGUGCUGGUGGAAGGGAUCUACCAUAUCUUGAAAAACUAAAACACUUGAGAUUCUGUGGCAUUGCAAGCUUGUGUGUACUCAUGCAAGGUCUAACUCAGUCCAGUUGUCCUACAACCUCUGUAGUAUGAAUGGCAAGAAAAUAGCUCAAUAACAUACGUGUGUUUUAUUACUCACUUUUUUUUUAAACAAGCACCAGGCUUUGAAUAGAUCCAGGAUGCAGUGAUUUUCACUGAGCGUUUUCUUAAAAAUCUGUACAUGGUGGGACUUAUGUAGGUUGGAGUCUAAAUUUAGCAAUGUUAUAUUAUACUUCACAUUGUACCAGUGACCUUAACAUGCCGUUUCAUAUAUAUAAGCAAGAAAUUGAAUUAAAAUGGCUCCUUUUUUUUAACCAACACUGUUAAUGAACCUAAGAGGGAUUUAAUGCAUGCUAUGGCUGGGCGAUAUGAACAAAAAUCCAGGUUAAUAUUCAACAAAAUCUAAUCAUGUUCUUUAUUUGUGCAAUGAAUUUCCUCCAAUGUACAUUAAUAUAUACAUGCUUUAUAAAACAUUCUGGGUUUCCAGGUGAAUUCUAGACUUGUUUUUAUUUGUUGUGUAUCUAUAAACCAAUUAAACCUUUAGCUUUCA